AUGGGUUGCGCCCAAUCGAGAAUCGACAACGAAGAAUCGGUGGCUCGCUGCAAAGAGCGCAAAACUUUGAUGAAGGAAGCGGUGGUUGCUCGGAAUGCCUUCGCCGCCGCGCAUUCCGCCUACUCCGUCGAUCUCAAGAACACCGGCGCCGCCCUAAGCGACUACGGCCACGGCGAAACCCACCACCACCACCCUCCCCCUCUCGACCCUCCCUCUUCCUCUUCCUCCAACCCUCCGCCGCCGCCUCCGCCGCCAAUCGACGACCACCUUCCUCCUCCGCCUCCGCCGCUCCCCAACUUCUCCCCGGCGUCGCUCAAACGCGCCGUCACCAUGCCUCCCGUCGCCAUGCAGCACCACCGCAGCCCCGUCGCCGUCUCCAUUGCCGAAGAGGAGGAGGAAGAAGAAGAAAGCGCCAAGGCGGAGAAGAAAACCGCCGGAUCGCGAGCCGCGCCGCAGCCUUCUCCGCCGCGGACGCCGGAGAUGAAGGCGGUGCCGUCCAUGUCCUCGAAUGGCAUGGCUUGGGAUUACUUCUUCAUGGUGGAGAACAUGCCUGGACCUUCCCUGAACGAAGAAGAUGAUAACGAUAACGAUGAUGUUGAUGUCGAUGAGGGUAAAGUGGAGAAUGUGGUUGAAGAUGAGGUUGAACCUAAGACACCGGAGAUGAAGGUUGUGGAGGAGAACGAGAAUGUUGAAAUAACCGAGUCAAAAAAGCACGUUGAACAUUCAAUGACAGCACCAGCUGAGUUUAUAAGAGCAAUAAAGGUUGCUCCUUCUGUUUCUCUAAUGCAGAUUUUGAGUUUCCUUGAUGAUCAUUUUUUGAAGGCUUCCGAGAGUGCUCAAGAAGUUACCAAGAUGCUUGAGGCCACUAGGUUGCAUUACCAUUCCAAUUUUGCUGAUAAUCGCGGGCACAUUGAUCAUUCAGCUAGGGUCAUGCGGGUUAUUACGUGGAAUAGGUCCUUCAGAGGUGUAUCCAAUGGGGAUGGUGCAAAAGAUGAUUUUGAUUCUGAAGAGUAUGAAACGCAUGCCACUGUUUUGGAUAAGUUGUUAGCCUGGGAAAAGAAACUUUAUGAAGAGGUCAAGCAAGGUGAGCUUAUGAAGUUUGAAUACCAAAGGAAAGUUGCAAUUCUGAACAAGCAGAAGAAGCGCGGUGCCAGUGCUGAAUCGUUGGAAAAAACUAAAGCAGCUGUCAGUCAUUUGCAUACGAGAUAUAUUGUUGACAUGCAGUCGAUGGAUUCCACAGUUUCAGAAGUGAAUCAUAUUCGUGAUGCACAGUUGUAUCCCAAACUUGUUGCUCUUGUUAUUGAGAUGGCGAAUAUGUGGGAAAACAUGUGCAUACAUCAUGACAGCCAGCUGAAAAUAGUUACAGACCUCAAAUCUCUUGACAUUUCUCAAGCUCCUAAGGAAACAACCAAGCAUCAUCACGAACGCACUGUACAACUUUGGAAUGUUGUCCAAGAAUGGCAUUCACAAUUUGAGAAGCUUGUGACUCAACAGAAACAUUACAUCGAAGCUCUUAACAGCUGGCUAAAGCUAAAUCUCAUUCCUAUUGAAAGCAGCCUAAAGGAGAAAAUCUCAUCCCCACCAAAAGCCCAAAAUCCACCAAUCCAAGCCCUUCUCCAUGCAUGGCAUGAUUAUAUUGACAAGCUUCCCGAUGAGCUUGCAAAAUCUGCUAUUUCCUCUUUUGCUGCUGUAAUAAAGACUAUCAUACUUCAGCAGGAGGAAGAGAUGAAGUUAAAGGAAAGAUGUGAGGAAACCAGAAAGGAGUACUUGAAAAAAAACCAAGCAUUUGAGGAAUGGUACCAGAAGCAUUUACUGCGGAGGGGUGCCGAUGAAGCAGAACAUGAAAGAGGAGAAGAAGUAAAUACAAACAAUCCUGUCUCAGAGAGGCAGUUUGUUGUUGAUAGCUUGAAGAAGAAAUUAGAAGAGGAAAUUGAAUCCCACCAAAAACUGUGCGUUCAGGUGCGAGAGAAGUCACUGCAGAGUCUCAAAACUCGCCUGCCUGAACUCUUCCGUGCUUUAUCAGAUUAUGCUCAUGCCUGUGCUGAUGCUUAUGAGAAACUCAAGUACAUCACACAGCCCCGAGGUGGUGUGGCAUGA